GUAAGCUCCCACACACAUUCAUAUACUCACACAUGGCAGGAAUCAAACUGUCAGUCAAUAACAGAGGAUGUGUGUGAGCUGUUCACCCCUACACAUGAACACACGAUUCAGACAAUAAAGCAGGAAGCCCUCAACACAAAGUAACAAUAAAGCAACAAUCACAACCACAGAUAUUCAUAAUCAUUUGUUUUGACCUAUCAGAGCUCUGCAAAGGGACAUCACGUGUCUCAUUAGGACUUUGGCACUUUAUUGGUGCUGUGAGUCUUGAAAACUGAACAAGAGUCCAAGGAUUUCCUAUUCACACAGUGAUGUCAUCAUCUCUGCCAUUGCCCUCUCUGCCCCCAAGCCCUCUGGCUAUGGAGUAUCUCAACGACUUCGACCUACUCAAGUUUGAAGUGAAGCCUGACACUCCUCCACCACCUCCACCCUGUCUGUUCCCUAAACCAGUCAUUCAACAGGAGACAAGCAAUUCUCCAUACGCUCUUCGCCCGCCACCUGACUCCAGCCUCAGCUCCAGCCCUUACACCUCACUCCCCCCAUCCCCUACACUCAGUGAUGGACACCCACCACCAUCUGCAUCCUCCUCUUCUUCCUCGCUCUCUUUCCCACUGUCCGUUUCCACCGGAUACAUGUCAGGCCAGAGCUCCAGCUUGCAGGGAAACCCAGACGGUAGCCCAAUAACUGGAGGCCCUUCAGUGUGUUCGAACCCCACCUCGCUGGAGGACCUGCUGUGGUUAGCCGCGCUGCAGCAGCAGUUCGGUGGUGAACCUGGGGGCACAGCGUCUCUGUUGGGAGCUCUAGGUGGUGUGCCAGAACGAGGGGACCGGGAGCGAGGAGGGUUUCUGGGAUGUGAUGAUGCCGUGGAGGCACUGUUGAACUCUGCUGCAGCAGCCGUAACCUCACAGUUCCCGGGGUUGUCUCAGAGUUCAAGCAACAGUCACAUGGGUGACUCGAGCAGUGACAGUGGUGCGGAUGUUGUGCUAAAUAAGCCAUCAGACAUGUGUCACCGGCCUGUACUGGUUGUGUCCUCCACCCCUCCAUCUCUCUCCAGCAUCAACACUGCCGCCAGUCCCUACCCACAACCCCUCAGUCCACAGAGCCGCCUCCAUCACCCCCACCAUCCACAUCAUUCAAUGCAUGGUCAUUACCAUCAUCACCACCAUCAUCACCAUAUGCAGGUCACUCAGUGUGGAGUGGAUGAGCGUUUUUCCGAUGAGCAGCUGGUCAGUCUGUCCGUGCGUGAGCUGAACAGACAUUUGCGUGGAGUGAGCAAAGAUGAGGCGGUCCGUUUGAAACAGAAGCGCCGGACACUGAAGAACCGCGGUUAUGCUCAGUCCUGCCGUUACAAACGACUGCAGCACCGGCAUGCACUUGAGUCUGAGAAACACAUUCUCACACAGCAGCUGGAGCAGUUGCAGUGUGAGCUGUCUCGCGUACUGCGAGAGCGUGACACAUACAAAGCUCGUUACGAGAAGCUUGUGAACUCAAACGAGACUCAGCCUUCGCAUCCCAACACCUCAUCCUCUCCUGCUCCUCCAGAUUACUUUUUGUGACAAAAUGAACACUGAAUGGACAAGAAUGAAAGAAGAGCUUAUUGCAUUAAUUAAAUAGAGCUGUAACUUCAAACUGACUACAGAAUGAGCUAUUUAACCAAAGCGGGUUGAUUGUGAGGUUGACUGGAUCCUUGAUUGUGACGUAACGGCGCAGUGUUGAGUGAUGCUGAUGCAAUUUUGUUUUCUCCAUUAUGAGCUUGUGUAGCACCAACACGAUAUCAUUAGUGUUCAUUGGUAUUUGUAUGUAAAGUGUGGCACCAACAAACGUAUAGUACUCUCAACCUACUGACAACAUCUAAAAUGUA